AUGAAUAAUUGCAGAGAAGAACAAGAGCCGAAAUCAUUUGACGACAUCUCGUCCGCCGGAACACCAAGUACCAGUUCUCCGCAGUUUGCGUCUACGGACAUGUUAUACAAUGCGGCGUCGGUACCAGAACUAAGAUCCAACCCCAUAAGACCGAAAGAGUUACUGAAAAACCUGCGGAAGUACCAUAAAGAAACAGUCCGCUUACCAGCCAGUGACACACAGUGGGCUAAACAACUUGUCUACAGCCAUACCCAGAAACUGCUCGAGUUUUGCAAGCGGGAGACUGGGGUUGUUCGUAACAUGGAGUACACUGGCUCUAUGUAUGAGAGACUGGAAACUAAGAAGAACAAUGAGUUUGAAGUUAUGGUUGUCUUGACGACGGGUUCCGAAGAUGUUUCAGUCGAAGAAGUUGUUCCAGGACUGUAUACCAAACUAAAAUUGAACACUGAACAAGCUGAUACGAAACUUGUCAAGUUUACAGACAACUUUGAUUAUCUGCGCCCUGAUAAGAUGCGAAACUUACUUGACAAAGUCGCCCAGACAUGGACUGAAAGCUCAAAAAGAUUCUCCGAUGGAACGAGAGUGCGGACUCACAAGCAUGGAACAGCGGUUGAGAUGAUUAUCCGGGAUACUAAUAGAGGAGGCUCUGUAACCGCGCAGUUGGUGCCUUGUGUAAAGAUCGAGGAUGACGCCGGAAUGUCGCGAUAUUUCGUGCCGUGCGCUUUUCAAGAAUACACAAAAUUCGAGUUGGAAAAUAACACAGAGCGUGCGAUUCUGUGGCGGAAAUCAUUUUCGCUGCGUGAAAGAGAGUUGCUGUCCAGUUUAGACCGUUCCGGAAGUACUUGUCGUGCGGAAUGUCUAAAAGUUCUCAAAUUCCUUUUCAAUUCCGACAGAAAGCUGCGCCCUUUUCAUUUCCACAUGCUAAAAACAGCCUUUCUACACUAUCAUAGUCUUGAUCAAGACUGGCGCUCAGAUCAGCUUGGGGAGAAAUUCCUGGGCAUGUUGAGGUACAUUCGGGAGUGUAUCACGAAAAAAGAUUUGCCGCAUUACUUCGUUCCCCGCGUUAAUCUGAUGAAAGUGCUCAGUGUCUCGUCACGUAACAGCAUCGGGGCAAGACUGCAGCAGUUACUCACAGAUGAAAAACAGUUGUUCUAUGCAAUUUCGGGAUAGACUGUUGGGCACAAUUAUUGAAAUCUGUCAAUAUUUCAGAAUUUCAUCUAUGUAAUUAAUUACUGAAGAAUGAACACUUUUUGAAUACGCAUAAACAAUUAACAAGUGACAAGGCACUUUCGUUUCACAAACUCUUACAAUUUUGUUCACCACUUGAUCUAAAUCAGUGAAAAUUGCUGUAAUGAAAGUGAUUUCCCGGAAAAGUAAGUAGUUUUGUAUUAGUCUUCGUAAUGUAUCACUUGGAGCACCAAACAAUUACUUCAACAGUCUUUGCAAAUAAUCAACUGCAAUUACCAUCCGUUUAAGAAACCUAUAUGAGGCAAAGGAUUAUUUUAUCCACGCUGUUACCAAGAGAAUAUAUUCUCUUGACUGUAACACAUAGAUUCACCGUUUUCAUGACAUUUUUGGCUUCUUUAUGCUUCUUGAUACAUUUUCUAGAAGCAAGACUCUAUUUAGACGACGUGCAAUUCCUCCUUUUCGCAGAAUUCCGACGCACCAGUCAAAAAUAAAUCAAUGCGCAAAUAUGGAUGUUAGAGCGCCGCCCAGAACCUUAGAAAUGGGGCAUACGAAAAGAACUCAAAGAGUUCCGCGCGGCGCGCUAAGAUAUUUUGUCGGAGACUUUGUGAUUCGUGCGUGACUUAUGUCAGAUGAUGAAUGUGAACAUCAUGUCAAGAGCUGGAAGCUCCGCCUUAAGUGAUUUUGGGACAUUGAUCAGUUUACAUGAUCAACGCAACCUUGAAUGACCUUUUAAACCAGUACUUGGCAACAACCAAUUACAAAGUAGAGAAUAUCGUCUAAGAGAGUGACUUCUUACAUAUUUUGCAGAGUAGCUUUUUACACACCCGUUGCAAAUAAGCAAAUACGAGAGUGGAAUAAAAUAGUUUGAUUGAGUCUAGUUCGUUAGAGUUCUAUCCCUUGUAAACAGGGCAAAGUUUACGAAAAUUUUUCAAUUAAUUUCUUUAAUCAAUCGCGCGACGGAUUUCCCCGAAAAGCAGGGGCUCUUCGUAGUCUAGACUAUAUUGUGCAUUAUGAAUUAUGCUAACACACGUGUUUGAGGAACAAAAUAUAACUAAGUUUCCCACCAAUACUGUGUCAUCUAUAAAACUCAUUAUUUUCUCUUGAUAACCUAUAACACAAUGGUUAGUUACCAAAGAGAGUCCAAGUCGGCAUGAAUUUAUGUUCAAUUAACGAGAUGAAUCAUUUUGCGAAUGAUGACUUAAUAGAAUUCUUUUUCCUGUCUCUUGAACCUUUAUCAUCAGAAAGUCAAUCCUCCCGUUAGAAACAGAGAGGAUUUUUAUAUGCUUGCGAUACUGCUGUAAAAAUGGAUUGAGGCAAUUUCCUCUGUUUUGUCGCAAUUGUUACGAUCAACCACGUGCAGAGGGUCUCAGUCGGGUUUUACACGUGUA